UCCCCCAGAGGAGCCAGCUCCCAGCCCAUGGUAUGUGGGUGUGAGUUGGGGGCAGGCUGUGGGUUAGACUCCCAGAGGAACUUUUUAGACAGAAUUGGAAGUUACUGGGAGACUUAAGGCUGAUGGCAGAGAGAGGGGUCUGAGAGGGUGGAGGCUCAGAUGACACCUCCCUCCCUCCCUCUCUCCCUCUCUCCUCCAUUUAUAGGCACUGGGUUACCAUGGCAACGUGAGGGUGGGGCAGAGGCGCUCAGACUCUGAGCCCCUCUUGGAGAGAGCCUGGGAGCCACAGAGUUGGUGCUGGGUGACUUUGGGCAGGUUAUUUAACCUCUGAGCCUUGAGCUUCUCAUCUGUGAAAUGGAUGGGGACUCCCCCAAGGGGGUGGUGUCAUUCUGGAUUAAGUGUCCAGGACUGUGCUGCUGUAGACGAGCUGCCAUGAAGACUCCCGCAGGUGCCUCUUGGUGGACACAUGGGCCUCUCUCUCUUGGGGCUCCGACGCCCCCCAUGGCUCCCCUGGCCUUGGUGGGGGUCGCGCUCCUCCUGGGGGCUCCCCCAUGCUCAGGGGCGGCCACCCCGACCCCCUCCCUGCCGCCUCCCCCGGCCAAUGACAGCGACCCCAGCCCCGGGGGCUGCCAGGGCUCCAACCGCUGCCAGCCGGGGGUGCUGCUGCCCGUGUGGGAGCCAGACGACCCCUCGCUGGGCGACAAGGCGGCGCGGGCGGUGGUCUACUUCGUGGCCAUGGUCUACAUGUUCCUGGGCGUGUCCAUCAUCGCUGACCGCUUCAUGGCGUCCAUCGAGGUCAUCACAUCCAAGGAGAAGGAGAUCACCAUCACCAAGGCCAACGGGGAGACCAGCGUGGGCACCGUGCGCAUCUGGAAUGAGACGGUGUCCAACCUGACGCUCAUGGCCCUGGGCUCCUCGGCGCCCGAGAUCCUGCUGUCCGUCAUCGAGGUCUGUGGCCACAACUUCCAGGCCGGCGAGCUGGGCCCUGGCACCAUCGUGGGCAGCGCAGCCUUCAACAUGUUCGUGGUCAUCGCCGUGUGCGUCUACGUCAUCCCGGCCGGGGAGAGCCGCAGGAUCAAGCACCUGCGGGUCUUCUUCGUCACCGCCUCCUGGAGCAUCUUCGCCUACGUCUGGCUCUACCUCAUCCUCGCCGUCUUUUCCCCGGGUGUGGUCCAGGUGUGGGAGGCACUGCUGACCCUGAUCUUCUUCCCGGUGUGUGUGGUGUUCGCCUGGAUGGCCGACAAGCGGCUGCUGUUCUACAAGUACGUUUACAAGCGCUACCGCACCGACCCGCGCAGCGGCAUCAUCAUUGGCGCUGAGGGCGACCCACCCAAGAGCAUCGAGCUGGACGGCACGUUUGUGGGCAGCGAGGCACCAGGCGAGCUGGGCGGCCUGGGCCCGGGCCCUGCCGAGGCACGCGAGCUGGACGCCAGCCGCCGCGAGGUCAUCCAGAUCCUCAAGGAUCUCAAGCAGAAGCACCCGGACAAGGACCUGGAGCAGCUGGUGGGCAUCGCCAACUACUACGCGCUACUGCACCAGCAGAAGAGCCGCGCCUUCUACCGCAUCCAGGCCACGCGGCUGAUGACCGGCGCGGGCAACGUGCUACGGCGACACGCAGCCGACGCCUCGCGCAGAGCCACCCCCGCUGAUGGCCCUGGAGAGGAUGAGGACGACGGCGCCAGCCGCAUCUUCUUCGAGCCCAGCCUGUACCACUGCCUGGAGAACUGCGGCUCCGUGCUGCUGUCGGUCACCUGCCAGGGCGGCGAGGGCAACAGCACCUUCUACGUGGACUACCGCACGGAGGACGGCUCGGCCAAGGCGGGCUCCGACUACGAGUACAGCGAGGGCACGCUGGUGUUCAAGCCAGGCGAGACGCAGAAGGAGCUGCGCAUCGGCAUCAUCGACGACGACAUCUUCGAGGAGGACGAACACUUCUUCGUGCGACUGCUGAACCUGCGCGUGGGCGACGCGCAGGGCAUGUUCGAGCCUGACGGUGGGGGGCGGCCCAAGGGGCGACUAGUGUCGCCGUUGCUGGCCACCGUCACCAUCCUGGACGACGACCACGCGGGCAUCUUCUCCUUCCAGGACCGCCUGCUGCACGUGAGCGAGUGCAUGGGCACCGUGGACGUGCGCGUCGUGCGCAGCUCUGGCGCGCGUGGCACUGUGCGCCUCCCCUACCGCACGGUGGACGGCACGGCGCGUGGCGGCGGCGUGCACUAUGAGGACGCCUGCGGCGAACUUGAGUUCGGCGACGAUGAGACCAUGAAGACCCUGCAGGUGAAGAUCGUGGACGACGAAGAGUACGAGAAGAAGGACAACUUCUUCAUCGAGCUGGGCCAGCCCCAGUGGCUUAAGCGAGGGAUUUCAGCUCUGCUACUCAACCAAGGGGAUGGGGACAGGAAGCUGACAGCCGAGGAGGAGGAGGCCCGGAGGAUAGCAGAGAUGGGCAAGCCAGUGCUGGGGGAGAACUGCCGGCUGGAGGUCAUCAUCGAGGAGUCCUACGACUUCAAGAACACAGUGGAUAAACUCAUCAAGAAGACAAACCUGGCCUUGGUGAUUGGGACCCACUCCUGGAGGGAGCAGUUUUUGGAGGCGGUCACAGUGAGCGCAGGGGACGAGGAGGAGGAGGAGGACGGGUCCCGGGAGGAGCGGCUGCCGUCCUGCUUCGACUACGUCAUGCACUUCCUGACGGUGUUCUGGAAGGUGCUCUUCGCCUGCGUGCCCCCCACCGAGUACUGCCACGGCUGGGCCUGCUUUGGCGUCUGCAUCCUGGUCAUCGGCCUGCUCACCGCGCUCAUCGGCGACCUGGCCUCACACUUUGGCUGCACUGUGGGCCUCAAGGACUCUGUCAACGCCGUGGUCUUCGUGGCCCUGGGCACCUCCAUCCCUGACACCUUCGCCAGCAAGGUGGCGGCGCUGCAGGACCAGUGUGCGGACGCGUCCAUCGGCAACGUGACGGGCUCCAACGCCGUGAACGUCUUCCUGGGCCUGGGCGUGGCCUGGUCGGUGGCCGCCGUGUACUGGGCGGUGCAGGGCCGCCCCUUCGAGGUGCGCACGGGCACGCUGGCCUUCUCCGUCACGCUCUUCACCGUUUUCGCCUUCGUGGGCAUCGCCGUGCUGCUCUACCGGCGCCGGCCGCACAUCGGCGGCGAGCUGGGCGGCCCGCGCGGACCCAAGCUCGCCACCACCGCGCUCUUCCUGGGCCUCUGGUUCCUCUACAUCCUCUUCGCCAGCCUCGAGGCUUACUGCCACAUCCGGGGUUUCUAGGGCCCUGCCUCCGCGGGACUCGGCUGCACCUGCUCUCGGACCCUCGGUCUCGUUCUCCAGACUCAGCCUGGAACGCUGGGACUCAGCUCCUUCCUCCGCAAAGACAGGGCCGCCGCCUCCUGGGGUUCAGCUUCCCUAUUCCUGGGAUCCCAUUGCCCCCUGUCCUUUGUCCCCAGUGACUCAGGCCCCCCACCCCCCGAGUUCCCCUGCCUUCUCUGAGGAAAACCUCUGUGGUUACCCUAACUCCAGCCCACCCUGGUUACUUACAUCCCCGGGGAAAUGUCCACCUCCAGGCCCCUCCCAUAGAACCACCCCAGUGACCAUUCCUCCAGAGAGCCCAGCGUCUCUUUCUCCCAGACGCCCAGCCUAACUGUCCCAUAGUCUCCCUUCCCCCGACGACACCCCCCUUCCGUGCCCAGAACUUGCCCUUCCCGGGAAGCCUUGGCGGUGCGGGUCCAUCCCAGGAAGCCAGAGCGCAGCCCUUCCCCAGCAGGGAGCCCAGUCGGCCCAGGGGGCAGGUGGGUGGGUGUGCUAGGACUUCUCCCCGGGGCUGCGGGAGGACACUGACCCCGAGCCGGGGAGGGAGGGAGAAGCCUGGUUUCCUCCCAAGGCUCCGGCUGGAGGCGGCACGUCUCGAACCC